AUCUAUACAAUUCUAAGGGAAAAAAAUUUCAGCUAGAACCAUAGAACGGGACCGAACCAACCUAUUUUUUCACAAUUUGGGUUGGUUUGGUUCCAUAACUCAAAUAGUUUGAUUAGAUUUCAGAUUUUUUGAAACCGUAGAGGGUUGUUUAGUUCCAAAAAUCCUCAAAAACCCGACCAAACCCUAAUCGUGAACCCGGUAGCCUGGCACAACUCCUCCUCAAACCCUUGACCCUCCUUACUUGUCGCAGUCUCUCUUUAUAAACGCAGCAGAGAGAAGCGGAAACACUAUAAGUAUUUUAGGGUUUUCUACUCGGUCCUGUUCUUAGUUUGCUUUAUAUCAUCACAGGCUCAUCUCUUCUCCUCGAGGUGUUCUUUGAGGCGUUAAAUAUGCUUGUGUUGUUUGAAACUCCUGCGGGUUUUGCCCUUUUCAAAGUAUUGGAUGAAGGGAAGCUCUCCAAAGUUGAGGAUUUGUGCAAAGAGUUUUCGACAGCUGACUCAGCUAGACAGGUUGUGAAACUAAAAGCUUUCUCUAAGUUUGAGAACACAUCAGAGGCCCUGUCUGCUGCCACCUUAUUGAUUGAUAGCAAGCCCAGCAAAGGUCUCCGCAAGUUCCUGCGUGCCCAUUGUGAUGGUGAAACAUUGGCUGUGGCUGAUUCUAAACUUGGAAAUGCAAUUAAGGAUAAACUGAAAAUUGAAUGUGCUCACAACAAUACCGUGAUGGAACUGAUGAGAGGGGUGAGAAGUCAGUUGACUGAACUCAUAUCUGGUCUAGCGACUCAAGAUUUGGCUCCAAUGAGCUUGGGUUUAUCCCACAGCCUCUCUAGAUACAAGCUAAAAUUCAGUCCUGAUAAGGUGGACACAAUGAUCAUUCAGGCCAUUGGCUUGUUGGAUGAUCUUGACAAAGAACUGAACACGUAUGCAAUGAGGGUUCGAGAAUGGUACGGGUGGCAUUUUCCAGAGCUUGCAAAGAUCGUACAAGAUAAUAUCCUCUAUGCCAAAGCAGUAAAGCUGAUGGAUAAUCGUUCAAAUGCUGCAAAGCUUGAUUUCUCUGAGAUAUUGCCAGAAGAGAUGGAGACAGAACUGAAAGAGGCAGCCAUGAUUUCUAUGGGUACUGAAGUUAGUGAGCUUGAUUUGAUCAACAUUAAGGACCUCUGCGACCAGGUUCUCUCUCUUACAGAGUAUAGAGCGCAAUUGUAUGAUUACUUAAAGAGUAGGAUGAACACAAUCGCGCCAAAUCUUACCGCUCUUGUUGGAGAACUAGUUGGUGCCCGUCUUAUUGCACAUGGGGGCAGUUUAUUGAAUCUUGCAAAGCAACCUGGGAGUACGGUUCAAAUUCUUGGUGCGGAAAAGGCUCUCUUCCGAGCUUUGAAGACAAAACAUGCAACCCCCAAGUAUGGACUUAUCUACCAUGCAUCUUUAAUUGGGCAGGCAGCACCAAAACAUAAAGGAAAAAUUUCCCGAUCUCUUGCUGCCAAAACUGCAUUAGCAAUUCGAUAUGAUGCUCUUGGAGAUGGUGAAGACAACACCAUGGGAUUGGAGAACCGAGCUAAGCUUGAAGCACGAUUAAGGCAGCUUGAAGGCAGAGAAUUGAGUCGUUCUGCUGGUUCAGCUAAGGGCAAACCUAAGAUAGAAUUCUAUGACAAGGACCGUAAGAAGGGAGCAGGAGCAUUGAUAACCUCUGCCAAGACUUACAAUCCUUCAGCGGAUUCUCUUCUUGGGCGGACUGAAUCAGCAGCUGAGAAAGAAGUCACAAAGAGGAAGCGUGAAGCAGAACCAUCUGAGACUGCCGCAGCAGGAGAGGAGAUGACUGCUGCAACUGAUGAACAGAAGAAAGAAAAGAAGAAAAAGAAGAAGAAGAAAGCUGAAGAAGAGGUUACAGACUUGCCUGAAGAUGGGGCCUCUGCUGAACCAGAAAGUGAAGAGCGGAAAAAAGAAAAGAAGAAAAAGAAGAAACAUUUGGCUGAGAAUGUUGAGUUGGACAACAAUGGCAGUAAUGUUGAAGCAGGAGAGGAGAUGACUGGUGCUACUGAUGAACAGAAGAAAGAAAAGAAAAAGAAGAAGAAGAAGAAAGCUGAAGAAGAGGUUACAGACUUGCCUGAAGAUGGGGCCUCUGCUGAACCAGAAAGUGAAGAGCGGAAAAAAGAAAAGAAGAAAAAGAAUAAACAUUUAGCUGAGAAUGUUGAGUUGGACAACAAUGGCAGUAAUGUUGAAGCUGGAGAGAAGAAGAAAAAGAAGAGGAAACAUGCUGAACCGGAUGAAGAAGAAACUGAAACACAAAGCAAGAAGAAAGAGAAAAAGAAGAAAUGUGAAGUAUGAUGAGGUCAGUUGAAGUUUAUGGGUGAGUAGGAAACUUAACAAUUUUGGGUUAUCUUAGGCGAUGGGUUGAUGUUCGUGUAAAAUUUAUGCAAGUUCUCGUGGAAUCUCUAGACCACCUUCCACAGCAGCCCAUGUAUUGAUCAGAAAUUUGGAUCCCCUGCUUUUUCACUUGGAUCUAGACCGCAGAAUGUUGGUAACCUGAUACCUUCUCCAUUAGAAAUGGGAGCUGGAGAUGCUUCAUGUUCCACUAGAGCAAAAAAUGGAAUUUGGAGGGCUGCAUUCUCGUUUUGUUGCUCCUGCUGUUUAAAUUUCGUCUCGCCUGGGAGAAAGAUGCAAAGUUCCAGCGCAAGUUCAGAACUUAACUAUGCUUCAAAUGUGAGCAGCACAUAGAUAUUUAGAAUGCAUCUUCCUUUUCCUUCUUUUUUUUCAUGUUUAUUUUACAUAUUGAUAAUUAUAUAUUACGAGGAGCUGCAAGUCUUCAAAAUAGUUGGAAUAAGAUAAUAUGAGGUAUUUAUUCGAUAUCUCCUGGAAAUAUAAAAAAAUUAGAAUGCUUUUCUUGCUA